UCGACCAGACUGGUGACGCAGUCUGAAGGAUGGCAAAAGAGUUACAAACCUUAAUUAUCUGUGGUCUUUUUCUCUGUUUCAGCGUACAAGUACACGGGAACGAUGAAUGUUCAAAUUACAGUUUUCUCAAUGAGUCAAACAGGGCGCAGACGUUUUACAGAGGUAAAAGAUCCCUGUGCGACAGAACAUUAACAACUGGUUGGUACAGAUUUGGAGGAGAGGCUGGACAACAAAUGCCAGAAUCUUGUGUUGACUUAAGACACUGUGGCACAAUUGUACCGGGAUGGCUAAACGGAACACACCCCAUGGUGGAAGAUGGAGCUGUCAAAAGGAAAGUGUGCUUCCAUUCACCAAGCGGUAACUGCUGUAAAUGGUCUACAGAUGUCCUUGUCCGAAAUUGUGGAGGGUUUUAUGUUUACAAGCUUAAGAAGACACCCCAGUGUGACUUGCGUUACUGUGGCAACGGAUCAUACUCAGAGCAAGAAUGUUCCACUUACAAGUUACUGAACGAAUCAAACAGGGCGGCAACAUACGAGCCGAAUACCUUCAUGUACCUUUGUGACAGAGCACUUUCUGGAUGGUACAGAUUCAGUGGAGAGGCUGGCUUUAAAAUGCCUGAACACUGUGUCAGCAAAAAACGUUGUGCUACUUUUGCUCCUGGCUGGCUCAGUGGGGCUCAUCCUACUUUAGCUGAAGGUGCUGUUGAACGCAGAGUGUGUUUCCAUUGGUCAACUGACUUGAGAGGUGAUUGCUGUUUGUUUUCAACUUUCAUCAAAGUUCGCAAUUGUGGAAAGUUUUACGUUUACAAAUUGAGGCCAGUACUUAGUUGUGCAUCGCGAUAUUGUGGCAAUGGGUUACCUUCAGAAGAGUCAACAACAGAGCCCGUAACGCCACAUAGGACUGUGGACAGUCGAGUGUCACAAAUAAUGUCUUCCUCAUCACAAGCUGGGAGAAUGCAUACAGAGUCGACAACAGAUCCCGUAACGCCACACAGGACUGUGGACAAUCGAGUGGCACAAACAACGUCUUCCCCAACAGAAGCUGGGAGAAUGAACACAACAUCAACAACUGUUGCAUCAGCAGAAAACACCAAAUCAAAUAGAGGACAAGUCAUGACAAGAUCUUGGCCGACAACUAACUUUACUCAAUCCACGUUGUUUACACGAGAAUUACUAUCAACUGAAAGUCCUUUAGUAGAAGAAUCAGCCUCCAGAAUUCCUUUCAAAAUAAUCUGGGGAUUCGUCGGUAUACUUGGAUUAGCCGUAUUCAUUACGUUCAUUGUUAUUUUUGCAAAACAAAUCAGACGGAAGAGAAGAAAGAAUUUAAACAAGGGGAAGAUCGUUGAAAAUGAUAUUCACAUGGCUGAAGUUACGACAGACAUAAUCAACCAUUUAAGAAGUCUUGGCCGGCAAUUUUCUACAGGACAGCUAGAUAGACCGAUACCCCGCGCGAUCAUAGACGAAGUAUUGGUAGUUGAUAAUGAGACAUAUCUAGAGCAAAUGGGAAGUGAUCGAAAUUGGGAACUUCCUCGAGAAAGACUGAAAAUAACAGAAAAGAAACUUGGUGAAGGAGAGUUUGGGGUCGUGAGAAAAGGAAUCUAUACAAGGAGAGAUGGACAGAAACUGCCUGUUGCUGUCAAAAUGUUGAAAGAUAACACUGACGAAAAGCAGCGAAUCGGUCUGAUCCACGAGUUAGAAAAUCUCCGGAAAGUCGGUCGCCAUUCAAACAUAGUGAGUCUUGUUGGGGCCUGCUCAUUUGAAGAACCCUUAUAUGUGGUUGUUGAAUUUGUACCGGGGGGAAGUCUUGAUCAGAUAUUGCAUGACAGUCGAAUUCCUGUCAGGGCGUUAGAUACAAAUUAUGUCAACAUCUGGUCAAAAUUGUCCGAGAGGGAACUGCUACAAAUUGCUUCAGAUGUUUCAAACGGAAUGCGCCACUUAGAAAGCAAAUUGUGUGUUCAUAGAGACUUGGCUGCUCGAAACAUUUUGAUCGGCAAGGGACUGGUAGCCAAGGUGGCUGAUUUCGGAAUGUCACGUGACAUUUCACGAGAUGGAGUGUACAUCAAGUGUACCGAGGGCAAAAUCCCGUGGCUAUGGAUGUCAUUAGAGGGUUUUAGAGGAAUCUACACCACGAUGUCUGAUGUCUGGUCAUUUGGUGUCGUUCUCUGGGAAAUCGUCACCCUGGGUGAGCGUCCUUACAUCGGAACUACAGGCAUUAUAGAACUUUGCAGCUUGCUACAGGACGGAUUGAGACUUGAGAAACCCCCACACUGCUCAAAACAACUGUAA